AUCCCCACAAGUCUGUGCUAACAGAGCUGUCCUAUUCCCCGGCCACCAUCUUAAUCAUAACGGCAUCUUUUAACCCUGCCUAAUAUCAGGACACAUCCUGUCGUCUUCCAUGCACCUGGCACCUCUGUGCCUCUUGCUGGAUGCACCCUGCAUCCCACAAGUGAUGUCUUCCAGGUUUUGGUUGCUGAAUUAGACUCCAGAGACCCAUUCUAUCGCCUCUUUGAAGAGACCAACCUGCCAGAAAAGGGGUCAUCCCACCACCAUUCUUGCUUUACGUCAGGUUUGGACCGCCAGAAGAAGCCUCAUGGUCCAGAAGCAGGACCUCACCUAACCGUAAGAAGACUUCCACUAUUUAAAGGUGGUUAAUGGAGAGACGGUCGAAUGACAGCCGGGACUGUGGUCAUCACCGGUGGUAUAUUAGCGACUGUCAUCCUUCUGUGUAUUAUCGCCGUUCUCUGCUACUGCAGACUACAGUAUUACUGCUGCAAGAAGGAGGACUCGGAAGAGGAUGAGGAAGAGCCAGAUUUUGCUGUCCAUUCGCGCUUCCCACCGGUGCACUGCAACCGGAACGUAGUCCUGGACAAUGGCCCCUCCCUCUAUGCCUCGCCCUACAACAAGAAACAACAGCACUGCCGAAGCGUAUGCCAGGGCUGCUCACACAAUGAGGCGCCCGCCUUCCUCCUGCACACGCCGGAGGAGGUCCGAAAUGGAGGCGAACGCAUCACCUACAAGACCAUCAGUCAGGAAGAGAUCGAACUGCCGGUUAACCUGAGCAAUUUGCAGUUACUUAACCCCAAUCGCCUCUCUGCCAUGAGGGAGGCCUUUUCCCGCAGCCGGAGCAUCAGUACCGAUGUCUGAAGGUUGUGACGCUAGCACUCGAUGUGACGCUAGCACUUCCUCGGCUGUCCCCAUGUCUAAUACUAAGCAUUGCUCAGCACUACUUCUUUCUCAUGUUUCUCCACCUUUUUGUGAAACAGAUCCUCUGUUGUUUAUGCGGGAAAAAAACCCCACCAGAACCCAACAGCGUCCCCUUCCUCGUGCGACCGUGUUGUGCA